GUUAUUGUCUUGUAUAGAGAGACUUGGUUUAUCCGUGUUAUCUUGGAUUAUCAUGAUUGAGUGCGGUUGUUUCAGUGGCAUUAAACCUGAACAGCUGAAAAUUAUGCCUUUGAUUAUUUACCUUGAAAUACAAUAGAUAUUAAACAAGAUAACGUUAUUAACUUACUUGAGUUUUAGUCUGGAAAUUUCCAUGGUGGUGGCAGGCAUUCUGUGAAUUGGUGUCAAGAGUGGACCAAGUCCCAUUUCUGAUAAAAUCAGAUAAACCGGGUGAGGUUCUGCUGUCCAGCAGGCUUUGUGUGUGUUACUCACGUAGGAUGGCUAAUUACGAAACUUCAUUUCCAUUGUAAGAAUUUUUUUUUUUAAUUGAGAGAGAAAAAUAUCGAUUUGUUGUUCCGCUUGCUUAGGCAUUCUUUGGUUGAUUCUUGUAUGUGCCCCGACCGGAGAUGGACCCCCGACCUUGGCAUGUGGGACGAUGCUCUAACCAACUGAGCUGCCUGGGCAGGGCCGCAGUUGUCAGAAUGUUAAGAGGGUCAGAGAGGUGGGUAAAGUCUCGCAAGUAUUUCACGAGCAAUGUUUUCUGUGGCUGUCUUACAGGUACACCAGGGGUUGGGAAAACCACACUAGGCAAAGAACUUGCCGCAAGAUCGGGACUGAAAUACGUUAAUGUGGGUGAUUUAGCUCGAGAAGGACAGUUAUAUGAUGGCUAUGAUGAAGAGUAUGACUGUCCUAUUUUAGAUGAAGAUAGAGUAGUUGAUGAGUUAGAAAACCAAAUGAGUGAAGGUGGAGUUAUUAUUGAUUACCAUGGUUGUGAUUUCUUCCCUGAACGCUGGUUUCAUAUAGUUUUUGUGCUGAAAACAGAUAACAGCAUAUUGUACAAAAGACUUGAAACAAGGGGUUAUAAUGAGAAGAAAUUAAAAGAUAAUGUUCAGUGUGAAAUUUUUCAAAUUCUUUAUGAAGAAGCAUUGGCAUCCUACAGCGAAGAAAUAGUACAUCAGCUGCCCAGCAAUAAACCAGAAGAUCUAGAGAAUAAUAUCAAUCAGAUAUUGGAGUGGAUUGAGCAAUGGAUCAAAGAUCAUAUCUCGACUUAAAAGACUGGCCACUUUAUAAUCACUCUUAAUAUUUCUCUGCCCACAUCAAAUAAAGUAUGCAUUUAUUAGUAAACCUUUUUUAUUAAAAUUGUGCUGCAGGACUAGUAGGUGGAUAGUAUAAAGGUUUAUAUUUGGGUGUGUUUUUUUCCAUAAGAAAGUAUAAUGAAUAUAACUUUAUUAACAUGUUAAGUGCCCAGCCUGUUUUGUCUUCCACAUGGAAAGUAUAGUGUCAGUCACUGGUGACUGACUGAGUGCUUAACGUGUUAAAGAUUGAGAAUAAAAACUGUCAUUGUUUAAUGCUUCAAUUGCUAAAGUAUAAAUAAACCUGACCAAAUGUGUGGGAGGAUAUCGUUUAAGUUUAUUAAAGAAGAAAAUGAACAUGAUCUCGUAAAAUAAAAUUAAAAUCUAAAUAUAAAGCA